AUGACUGCUCCGUUAGCACAACCCACUGUGGCCGUGGCUGCCAAGGACACGGCGGCUACCAUCCGCAAGCGCAGAAGACGCGCCCCUGCUGGUGGUGCCACGGACGACUGCUUCACAUGCUCUAAGCGCAAUGUCAAAUGCGAUCGACGCCGGCCCUACUGCUCUCAAUGCCUCGAGAUCGGCAACGAAUGCUCUGGCUACAAGACUCAGCUUACCUGGGGUGUCGGCGUUGCCAGCCGCGGCAAGCUUCGCGGGCUCUCCUUGCCCAUUGCAAAGGCACCUCCAGUCACCCGCGAGCCGAAGAAGUCGCCCGUCUCUCGGGCAAGGGCGCAGUCCAUACCCGCGUACGACUACCUCUCCAUCUCCCACCACGGCCAUGCCCCAUCGCUGUCCCAGAGCAGCUGGGGAAGCGUCGGCUAUGCUCCCAGCCUUGUGCACUCGCCAGACGGAACACCAAGAUAUACCAGAUAUCCUCUCCAUCUCAGCACCGAUGCGCUCUCCUCGUCGUGCGAGUCGGUCGGCAGCGAGGUGGACUACCUUUCUCCUCUGAGCCAAUCUUAUGCUCGCGAAGAGAUUCCUUUCAACCACAGCCCGACUGUCCUGUACGAGGGAUAUCCUGCACAGCAUAGCUCCCCUAUUGCGCAAAGCCCCCCAACCGUGCUGGUGCUUGACCACUGCCGCGCCCCUACGUCUUAUCCCGGGCUGGUCUAUGCCCCCUCCGAGGCCCAUCACGCACUCAGUCACCACCACAUGGAUCCCUUUGAGUCGCACCUUGGCCACAAGCUUAUGCGGGGGUGUGAAAGCCUCACUGGUGGCAAGACGGCUCUGGUGGCCAAGAUGCCCUUCUUCAUGGAUUAUUUCAGGAUCACCAUGGCCCCUUCCAUGGUCUUUAUAGAUGGGCCCCACAACCCGUUCAGAGAACAUGUCCUUCGCCUAGCACGAGAGAGCCCAAGCGUGCAGCAUGCCAUCUGUGCGCUGUCAGCUUGCAAUCUGCGAAUGAAGAGGAGACUGAGCCUGGGAUACGGAACAAGCGAGUUGCUCGCAACUCUUAUGGCGGAGAAGCUGACCACCGAGGCGACUUCUGGAUCCGAACUGGAGGAUAAGUCACUUUCUGAAGAGAUACAACACCGAAACAUGGCCGUUCAUCUCUUGAAUCAGCAGCUCGGCGAUCCAUCAAGGCUGUGCCAUGACUCGGCACUCGCAACAAUUCUUCUUCUCUGUCACUAUCGAAUGGUCGAAUCCGGCAUUGCAAAGUUCCAUACGCAGUUUGCAGGCGUGCGCAAGAUCCUUGCCAUGAGGCAAUCCCGAGACUCAACUCCUCCCAAGGACUCUACAUGGAUGGAGGCUCUGUUUACCUACUUUGACGCCAUUUCGGCUAGCAUCAACGAACGGGAAGCACAGCUGGCGCCUGGCUUCGAGGGAGUUUCUCCGGACGUGCAAGAUCUGCCUGCAGGAUCCGAGAACAUAAUUGGAUGUGAUCGCAAGCUCUUCAAGACAAUUGGCAAACUAGGUCGCCUGAACCUCUUAUCGCAGCAUCGUCCCGUACAAGGCAUGAGCGAGCCACUUCAACAGCAGCAAGAGGCCCAUGGACGCACCGAACCGAGCUUGACUCCGCGCUCAGGCGAAAACGACUUGACCACUAAGCUCGACAACGACGACGAGAUGCUCGCCUCUGCGAUGUAUUCAUCGGUAUCCUUUGAUGAACGCCAAUACCUUUUCUGGAGGGAAUGGAAAGCCGCACGACAAGAGCUACAGGACUGGCGAUUCGACGCGACCUCAGUGGCCAUGUCACUACCAUGUUCACCAACCACAGGCCAGGUGCGCGACCUGGGAUCUGUUUCUGAGGCAUUCCGAUAUGCGGCUCUGCUCUACUCUGAACGGCUAGCAAACCCACAAGAGCCUUCUACACACAGCAACUUCCAAAAUCUGGUUAGCCAGGUCAUACAUCACGCAACAAGUCUGGAGGCCAGUAGCGCCGCAGAAAAGUUCUUGUUGUGGCCCCUGUUCGUGGCUGGGUCAGAAUGCAUCGUGGAGUCUCAGCAGAGCAUCAUCCGCGACAAGUGUCGCGGCAUCAUGAGCCGAUCUGGCUACAUGAACAACUUGGCAGCGCUGGCUGUACUAGAGCGGCUGUGGUCAGGGGACGAUGUCAAGAGCGAGGCCAAACUCUGCUAUUACGACGCCGCGGCAACUGCCAGAGGUCCCUUCAACUGGACUAAGUGCCUGGGCGGGCCAGGCGCCGGGGUCGAGUGGAUCAUGUUCUGA